AUUAUCAGGUAAUGGCGUGUUGUGGUGUCAGCGAUGUCAUUGAGGGUGGUCUCUAUCGGUGUGGGGAUGUUACCAGUACCGUGUGCAGGCCUGUGGAUCUGCACAUAGGUUUAGAUAAGGCAAUAGCUGAGCUAGAAGAGGAUGCUGCAAAAGGACGAUGUCGAGGCCCUUAUCUUGUGGCUUCCAGAGUGUAUGAGAGUGUGUUUGAGCUCUGGAGCUUGGAAAUCGAAAGCGGGUGGAAACUCUCCUUUGUAAAGGAGGCGGGGAAGGAUUUUGGGUCCGUUUGGCUUUACGGCGAUCCCUCACGCGUUCAUGAGGUUGUUGCCCUCUGCGUACAUGAGAUGAAGGAGCAGAUGGUAUCAGCAUGGUAUGAGCAAGGCAAUCGGGGUAGCUUCAAAAGCCGAGAUGUUUUGCUUGGAAUUGGAUCUACGAGAAUACCACUCAAAGUCGACAAGUACGUUAUCAAUAAGGAGCCUGACGUCGCAUGGGUGCCAUCGCAAACGCCAAAUGCUCUUCCGAGCUUUGUCCUUGAGCUGUCGUAUAGAAAUGAAUCGAUCCCGCGGCUCAAGGAAGAGAUGCGGUGGUGGUCAUGCAACGGCGUGGCCAUCACAUUGGGCAUCAAACUGGAGAUCAAGCGAGCUGGUAAUGGGGUGCUUAGCCAGCGGUUUCUUCUUUUCAUACUCGAUCAUCAAGAUGGCACCGGUCGUUUCCGCGACGUGAACUUCAGUCCUGGGGUAUGUAAUGAAGAGAACCAAGAAGAUUUUGUGCAAAGAAUUCCUUUGCACAAAAUUAUGCGAGGAUAUCCGACAGGGCUUGAUCAAGAUUUUCAUUUUGAGCUCAGCCUUUUCGAGCUACAGCAACAAAUUGUUUCACUGAAUUUGGUAGAGGCACCGCCAUCUCGUGGUAUGUGUUUCGUGCGGUUUUAAUGUUUCGAUUGUUAAAAAUGCAACAAAUGAAGA